AGCCGCCUGCUCCAAACAGAAGAAGGUGACGUGCAUGUUCAUCCCUGACGGUCAGGUGUCCAUCAGUGCAAAGAUCGACAGGAAGGGAUUCUGUGAGGGAGAAGAAAUCAGCGUCAACGCCAAGUUUGAGAACACGUGUUCACGUAUCGUCGUUCCGAAGGCCGCGAUCGUUGCUAAGCACUCGUACGUCGCCGACGGACACACCAAGGUGUCGGUUCAGAAGCUGGCGGCGGUCCGAGGGAACCACAUCAUCUCAGGAAUGUGCGACAUGUGGCAGGGAAAAACCAUCCGAGUGCCCAGACUGAGGCCGUCGCUGCUGGGCUGUGACAUCAUCAGGGUGGACUACGCCCUCAUGAUCUACCUGCACAUCCCCGGCAGUGAGAAGCUGGUUCUGGAGCUUCCUCUGGUGAUCGGCACGGUUCCGUUCAGCGCCGUCGGCAGCAGAAACCAGCAGCAUGAGCAGCGGCGCCGGAUCCCUGGCAGCCAGGGGGGGUCGGUGAGCAGCUGGUCCUCCUUCCCCUCUGCCCCCCCCAGCUACAGCAACAUACACAGAGACCUGAGAGUAAGAACGCCGCUGCUGCUGGACUACGACGGCGCUGAGGACGACGAGGAAGACGGGGGGCUCGUCAUGAAGGCGCCGGAAAGGUUCUACGCCCCCCCACCCGCCUACAGAGAGGUCGACGACGCUGCAAACAAACCUGAGAAUGUCUCCUGAGGAUGACUUCCUGCCCCCCCCCCACGACUUCCCCCCCCCAGGAUUUAUUAAUGAUGACUCAGCAGUUUAUUAGUGAUGAUUUUAUUUGUUUUGUAGAUAAAAAGUAAAAAGUUUCUGA